AAUCGUUCGGCCUGGCAUUCCUCGAGAGUCAGUUGAGCAUUGGACGUCCUCGUUAGCGGUUGCCUGCGUCUUCUGAGCGACGAACAUAUGAAGUCGCUCAGGCACCAAUAAUAGGAAAUAUUUCGUUAUGAAUUGAGGAGCAACACCAAAGGACAACCUUGAAGGAAACCCACCCAGAAAACCAAAUAGUCUUAGAACUGAUACAAAUCCUAGUGACACACCCACCUAUAGCUAAAAAGUCACCCAACUAAACCCACCAUGAAGCGCAGCCGGUGGAGCCACAAUGGCUCCUCCACGGCGCAUCUCCUGCUGAUCGGAGCCCUCAUUGCCUGCAGUUCCACCGUUAUCCUAGGCGCCCAGCGUCCACCUAUCAAUUCCGCCGGAGGUCACGAGCUGCGCGGAACCACCUUUAUGCCGGCCCUGGAGUGCUACGAGCCAUAUGGCAGACCACAGAAAUGUCUGCCAGAAUUUAUUAAUGCUGCCUACCAACUACGAAUCGAGUCAACUAAUACCUGUGGUGAGCAGAAUGACAAUCACUUCUGCAUACAAACCAUGAAUCAGAAUCACAAAAACUGCGAGUUUUGCAAAUACAAUGAUCACGAUCCUUCAUUCCUGACGGAUUUGCAUGAUCCGCAGAACCCAACUUGGUGGCAGUCGGAAACCAUGUACGAGGGUAUCCAGCACACAAACUACGUGAAUCUGACUUUACAUCUCGGAAAAUCCUACGACAUCACGUACGUUCGCAUUCUGUUCCGUUCGCCGCGUCCUGAAUCCUUUACGAUUUACAAGAGGACCUCGGAGAAUGGUCCCUGGAUUCCCUACCAGUACUACAGUGCCACCUGUCGAGACACUUACUCCCUGCCCGAUUCACGAGACAUUCGAAAGGGGGAGGGCGAGGCUCAUGCCCUUUGUACCAGCGAGUACAGUGAUAUCUCGCCAUUGAGAGACGGUGAAAUUGCCUUCUCCACGCUGGAGGGUCGUCCCAGUGGUAUCAAUUUCGAGCGCAGUGCCGAGCUGCAGGAUUGGGUCACGGCUACGGAUAUCAGAAUUACCUUAGAUCGUCUGAACACAUUCGGUGAUGAAGUCUUUGGAGAUCCUCAGGUACUCAAGUCAUACUUCUAUGCCAUCAGUGACAUUGCCGUGGGUGCACGUUGCAAGUGCAACGGACAUGCCAGCAAGUGUGUCUCGAGUACAGGAAUGCAUGGUGAGAGGACUCUGGUCUGCGAGUGCCGUCAUAACACCGAUGGACCGGAUUGUGACCGUUGUCUGCCCCUCUAUAACGACCUGAAGUGGAAGAGGUCCACCUCAACGGAAGUAAACGAGUGCAAAGCCUGUAACUGCAAUGGACUGGCCGACAAGUGCUUCUUCGAUGCAGCUUUGUUCAAUCGGACUGGUCAUGGUGGUCACUGCAUGGACUGCCGUGAGAAUCGUGAUGGACCCAACUGCGAACACUGCAAGGAGAACUUCUAUAUGCGCGACGACGGAUAUUGUGUGAACUGUGCCUGCGAUCCCGUGGGCUCCAGAUCGCUACAGUGCAACAGCCACGGCAAGUGCCAGUGCAAGCCGGGAGUGACAGGUGACAAGUGCGACCGCUGCGACAAUAACUACUAUCAAUUCGGACCCCAUGGAUGUCAGCAGUGCGGAUGCGAUAGUCGCGGAUCCCAUGAGAACACUCCCGCCUGUGAUGCCGAUACCGGAAUCUGUUUCUGCAAGGAGAACGUCGAAGGCAGACGCUGCAAUGAAUGCAAGCCCGGAUUCUUCAACCUGGACAAGACCAAUCGAUUUGGAUGCACCCCCUGUUUCUGUUAUGGCCAUACUUCGGAGUGUACGACUGCACCAAGCUAUUCAAUUGUCUCAGUUACUUCAAACUUCAACAAAUUCAAGGAACGCUGGACAGCCGCUGAUUUGAACAACCGCGAAGUGGACAUCAAGUACAAUCAGUACAGUCGCAGUAUUGGAACGACUGCCCAGGGCAAUGAGCACGUGUACUUCCAGGCACCAGAUCGAUUCCUCGGCGAUCAGCGUGCCUCCUACAACAGGGAUUUGAAGUUCAAACUGCAACUGGUUGGCCAGGUGGCCAAUACUGGUGUCAGUGAUGUGAUCUUGGAGGGAGCUGGCAGCCGCAUCUCGCUGCCAAUCUUCGCCCAGGGCAAUGGAAUUCCCGAUCAGGGAGUCAAAGAGUACACAUUCCGUUUACACGAACAUCAUGAUUACCAAUGGCAACCUAGCCAGUCGUCUCGCGGAUUCCUGUCGAUAUUAUCAAACCUGACGGCUAUUAAGAUAAGGGCCACGUACUCUGUGCAGGGUGAGGCUAUCCUGGAUGACGUGGAACUGCAGACAGCUCACCGUGGAGCUGCCGGACAUCCGGCCACCUGGAUUGAACAGUGUACCUGUCCAGAGGGUUAUCUUGGUCAGUUCUGUGAGUCUUGUGCCCCUGGCUAUCGUCACAGUCCCGCCCGCGGAGGUCCUUUUAUGCCUUGCAUUCCCUGCGACUGUCAUGGCCAUGCGGACAUUUGUGAUUCAGAGACUGGCAGGUGUAUUUGUCAGCACAAUACCCAUGGGGAUAACUGCGAUCAGUGUGCCAAGGGCUUCUACGGAAAUGCCCUGGGCGGAACUCCCAACGACUGCAAGCGGUGUCCUUGUCCCAAUGAUGGUGCCUGUCUGCAGAUCAACGAGGAUACGGUCAUAUGUACAGAGUGUCCAAAGGGUUAUUUCGGAUCACGUUGCGAACAGUGUAGCGAUGGCUUCUUCGGCGACCCAACGGGACUCUUGGGCGCCGUGCAAACCUGCAAGAGUUGCGAUUGUAAUGGCAAUGUUGAUCCCAAUGCCGUGGGCAAUUGCAACCGGACAACGGGCGAGUGUUUGAAGUGCAUCCACAAUACGGCCGGAGAGCACUGUGAUCAGUGUUUGUCGGGACACUUUGGAGAUCCAUUGGCUCUGCCACAUGGACGUUGCGAUCGCUGCAGUUGUUAUGAGGCUGGAACCGAGCAGGAUGCACAGAGCAUCACGCGCUGCGAUCAAGUUACCGGUCAAUGCCACUGCAAACCCAAUGUAAUUGGUAGGGAUUGUGGAGAGUGCCAACCCGGAUACUUCAAUAUCCGAUCGGGCAAUGGUUGCGAGAACUGCCUAUGCGACCCAGUUGGUAGUUACAACGCUACCUGUGAUCGGUACUCCGGCCAGUGUCACUGCCGACCAGGUGUGAUGGGUCAGCGCUGUGAUCAGUGCGAGAACUACUUCUAUGGAUUCUCUAGUGAGGGCUGUAAGCCAUGCGAAUGUGACCAGAGCGGCUCUAAGGGAUUCCAGUGCGACCAGAAUGGCCAAUGCCCUUGUAACGAUAAUGUCGAAGGACGACGAUGCGAUCGGUGCAAGGAGAACAAGUACGACAGACACCGGGGCUGUAUCGAUUGUCCUGAUUGCUAUAACCUCGUACAAGAUGCUGCCGAUUUGCAUCGGGCUAAGUUGUAUAACCUCAGUCAAACUCUGGACGAGAUUGCCCGCACUCCGGUGACCAAUGACGAUGAGUUCGAAGCUAAGCUAAAAGCGGUACAAGAGAAGGUGGCUGUCUUGGCCCAGGAUGCUCGCGAUAACUCGGGUGAAGGUGGUCAGACCUACGCGGAGGUCAUCGAUGAUCUUUACAAGCAUUUGAACAACGUGAGGGAGCACCUGCAGAGUGCUGAUAAGUACCAGUCGGAUGCCGAUGCAGAGAUCGAAAAGGCGCGCCAGAACUACACCGUUCUGUACCAGAUAACUGAGAAUGCCCAGAAGGAACUCCAGCAGGCACUCGACCUCCUUAAUGACGAGGGUGCCCAGGCUUUGGCACGAGCGAAGGAGAAGUCCGUGGAGUUUGGCCAACAAUCGGAACAGAUUUCGGACAUCUCGCGCGAGGCACGUGCCCUAGCAGACAAACUCGAGUCGGAGGCACAAUUUGAUCUUAAGAACGCCAAGGAUGCUAAGGAUGCUGUCGAGAAGGCUCACCAACUGGCCAAGAGUGCCAUCGAGCUGCAGGAGAAGAUCGGUACUGAGCUGCGUUCCGAGGUGGGCUUGGAACUGAGCCACGUCAAGCAGUCCCUAGGCACCGUAGUCCAGACCUCCAAGGAGGCUCUGCGCAAGGCCAACGAAGUUUACGAUACCGCAAUGACCCUGUUGAAUGACGUAAACCGUCAGACUCAGCCGGAUAUCGAUAUCAGUCAGCUGAAGAAGGACGCAGUAGCAGCCAACGAUCGAGCAGAUGAACUUCUCAAGCAAAUCACUGAGUUAUCUAAUAGCAACGGCGAACUCUUCUCGGACUUCGAAUCAGAGCAGGAACUGACAGAAGCCCUGCUAAAGAGAGCUGAACAGCAGCAGCAGGAUGACAUCGAGUUGCUGGAGCGCGCCAAGGCCGCCCAUGAUAGAGCCACAAAGGCAGUGGAACAGGGUGACAAUACCCUCAAGGAGGCCAAUAAUACUUACGAAAAGUUGGCCGGCUUCCAGUCGGAUGUCCAGCGCUCUUCGGAGAGUGCAGACAAAGCCCUGCAGGCUGUGCCCAACAUCGAGAAGGAGAUCCAAAAUGCAGAGAGCCUGAUCAGCCAGGCGGAGGAGGCUUUGGACGGUGCCAAUAAGAAUGCCAACGAGGCCAAGAAGAACGCCCAGGAGGCGCAAUUGAAGUAUGCCGAACAGGCUUCCAAGGAUGCCGAGCUGAUCCGCCGCAAGGCCAACGAAACCAAGGUGGCUGCCCGCAAUCUGCGUGAUGAAGCUGACCAACUCAAUCACCGGGUGAAGCUCACCGAAAUGGACAUCUUCAAGCUGGAGGAGAGUUCGACCAAAGACGAUAACCUGGUUGAUGAUGCAAAGCGAAAGGUGGGUCAGGCCAAGGCCGAUACCCAAGAGGCCCAGAAGCAGAUCGAGAAGGCCAAUGCCGAACUAACGGCCAUCAAGGACGAGCUUGAGAAUCUAAAGGACAUCAACACAGGCGAUUUGGAUAAGUUGGAGAAUCGUUUGGCCAUUGUUGAGGGUGAGAUCAACCGUGUCAAUCUGACGGGACGAAUCGAAAAGUACCGGGAACAGCGGACAAUUCAAAAGAAUCUGAUCGAUAAAUACGACGCUGAGUUGAGGGAGCUCAAAGAUGAGGUGCAGAAUAUUGGCCUUAUUUCCAAGGCUCUGCCGGACAGUUGCUUUAGCCGCAAUCGCCUGGAACCCUAGAACUCCACCAUCCCACUUCCAAUAACAACUACUUCAAUUAACACUAAGUACGAAAACGAAGAUCAGAACAAGACGAACAAAUCAGAUUUAUGAUAGAACGUAGCCGUUGAAUGAAAUUACGUAAUUUUAGUGCCUUAGCCGAAAUAUUUUGUUUAGUGACCCAGACAAGGUUCCACAAAAGAGAUCAACUGAGCAACGUUAAGCUUUAAAGCAUCAUCGAUUUCAUAUUGUAUGCCAUAUACUAUAAUGAUACAAGGGGAUGCCCACAUCGAGAAUCAACUGCCAACUGUGCUUCACCAGUUUCAAGCCAGCCACGGACUGUAUUAUAUGUUAAAGAAACACUAAUCGAAAAUAAAACACAAGACCUUGUACUCCUGCAAUCCGAUAAUCCAAUCGCAUAUCUAUAUCUCUGCCGUAGCUCCACCUGAAGUCUAUUCUAAACACUUAUAUAUUAACAUAUUUGUCAUCUACGUUUAAUGUGCCAAUACAAUUACCAUGUAUCUUUGUCUAUAAGUCGCUUAAAGAGUUUCCCUUCAAAAUAUAACUUUUCCAACGUUGUAAUUUUGUAAAAA